UGGCAAGCAUACAAAAGGUGGAUCAAGAACAAGAAGAGGUUCCCAGCUUCCUUGGCAACCCGGGUUCAAUCCGAAGAAGGGCGCAAUAGCCUUUUCAAAGACUAUGUGGAGAACGAGGGGGACACAGCAAAGAUUACCGCCAAACACCUUCAAUCGCUAGAGGAAAAGUCCAGCAAUGGGUGCAGGUAUGGCUUCCGUUCGGAGAAGUGGAUCCAUGACCAGCACGGCACUGACAAGGGCAACAAAAUCAUUCAACGAAAGAAGGAGCAGGGACUCUAUGUGGAGGACCCGGAGUGCCCAGGGGAGAACCUCUGGUUUGUUCUGAUCAGUUUGGAUGUCUCCAACGUCCAGCAGUUCAAGAAGAUUACGUCUAUGGAAAUUUCAGGGGCUGCUUCGCCUGAAGUCUUGAAAGCGUUCACGGACCAAGGUGGGGUGCUCUCAGGAGAAGGCCUGAAAGGUGCGACAACAAGUGAUGGUGCCAUGAAGAAGGCUGUUGGCUUCAUGCAGACCGCGUGCGGUGGAUCAGGCAAGAAACCGCGGAAACCCAAAGGAGGUGACAACAAAGAGGAGGAUGGCAAAGGAGGUGAAAAGGUGGUGGCAAAGACUUGGGAGGAAAAGGCGGGUGCGCUCAUCACCAAAAUUCUUCGGGAUGCCAACACAUGCAGGGACAACGCUUUCAAGUUGAAGCCUCUGGAAAUGAGUUCAGAGCUCAUCAAACACUUGAAGGCAGUGGAGAUCCAGCUACAACGUGCAGCAUCUAAGUUGCAAGACCUUGUCAACAAAGGCUGCAAGAAGGGCAAGCACUACCAACCAAUCGUGGAUGAGGUGGACCAGCUUACGCAACUUGCCAAAGAGAAGAUUCAACUCGCCAAGGCGUUAGUCCGUGCGGCGGAGAAUGCCAAAAAGACUGACAAGAAAGAAGUCAAAGAGAAUGAGAAAACGGAGAAGCCUACGGCAGGGGAGAGGAAGUCUAAGGGGGCUUCCAAGACUAAGAAGUAG